AUGACUUCUACCGAAAUUUUCACGGCCAUGACCUGCAAAGAACUUAAGACUGAGCUAAGGAAGCGCGACUUGCCAACCGGCGGCCUCAAAAAAGAUUUACUGGACAGGCUGCGGGAAGCUGAAAACGCUACCUUGACCGAUGUCGUAAACACCACCACCGUUGCUGGAAGAGUGGAAGCUUGUGUUGAGGUUGAGACGGUUGACAGACGUCCUAGGCGGGCCUGGGUGUUGCUCUGUCUCAUUAUCAUUUGCGUUGGCGGUCUCUUCUGCUCGCGAUACGCGAUCUUGGAGAAUUCUUCGGAUUCCGUUGUCGGGGACCAUGAUGCUGCACUCACUCCACAGGAUCUAACCUGGCUCAACUACCCUGAUCACUACAAGGUCCUUAACGUAUCAGCUAGUGCUUCAUCAAAAGUUAUCAGAAGAGCCUAUCGCCAGAAGGCAAAGAAGUGGCACCCCGACAAAGCCGAGACGAUGAACAUUAACCAAGGAGUUCUGUUCAAGGCAACCAGGAUCAUAGGUCUCAGCCGCGAUAUCUUACUGGAUCCCCGGGACCGAGGGCUGUACGACAUGGGACUAAACCCAGUGAAAUGUGACUCUUCAUGCGAGCUGUGUACGUGCAGUUGUGGAUACGGGUCAAGACUCAGUUCUUGGCACCCAUCUAAUUGGCCUACCGAAUUAAUUGAUAUAUAA